AUUUUUUUUCUAGAUUUAUCAUUCGACUAUAACACAAUUAUCAGGAAUCAUGCAGAAUGCAUUCAAUAAAUUGUCAGCGGAAAUAUAUAGUGACGUAUUUUUUUCUUAACGCCUCAUGUCAAAGUUCAUAUUUUCCACGUGUCCCACAACAUGGCAGCCCGCAGUUUCUUAUAGUCAGAAGUGAAUUGCCCUUAAGCAAAUAUUAUUUGUCAGACCUGUAAAAGCAGAAGUGAAGGUGAUUUUAUUGUUUGCUCUUCUGUAUAAACAUGACAGAUGUUGGUGACAUCCCAGUGGUAGGUUCUCCAUCACUGAAAGAGGAGAAGACAUCUGACCCCAAAGAAGAUGGGGUGAAAACAGAUGAACCCAAAGCUGAAGGUGGAGGAGAAGAAGCAGCUUCUUCCGACCCUAAUAAUCUGUACCGCUACGUCCAAGCGGACCUCUUCACCUCUGAGAUCUUCAAAGUGGAGAUCCAGAACCUUCCCAAAUUCAUCGGUUUCAACGACCUGAAGAAGUUCCUGGAGAAGCAUCGCCUUAACCCGCACAAGAUCAAACUGUUCGGGAAGCAGACGUUUGCCUUCGUCACCUUCAAGAACGAAGAGGAGAGGGACAAGGCCAUGAAGAUGGUGCACGGCAUGCAGUGGAAGGGCCGGGUGCUUAGUGUGCGCCUGGCCAAGCCCAAGGCGGACCCUAUGCUCAGGAAGAGGGGGCGGGAUGAGGCCGGGAGUGCCGGGCAGCCCCCCUCCAAGCGGCAGGAGGCAGAGGAGGACGAGGCACCGCUCAGCAUACAGAUUGCCAACGUGGUGACGCCCCUGUGGAAUGUGCCUUAUGAGGAGCAGCUGAGGAGGAAGGAGCAGGAGGUGGAGGGGGUGCUGCAGAGACUGGCCAGAGAAAUAGGCAACACCAACAAAGCGAUGCUGCCCUGGCUGUUUGUGCAGAAGGAGAAGUACAAGAGAAUGUGUUGCCCUCUGGAAGAAAUUCGCCCAUCUCCGUCACAGGUUGAAUACAGGAACAAGUGUGAGUUUGUCAUUGGUAUUGGAGCGAAUGAAGAGGAUAAGACCAUAGGCUUCCGACUGGGGAAGUACAAAGGGGGCUCCUGUGCCGUGGUGGGACCCUCAGACAGCAUCCAUGUCACCACUGAGGCCAAGCGAGUGGUCAGUGAGUUCCAGAAAUACAUCAGGACAACCCCAUACUCAGUGUACAGCCCUGAGACAUACGAGGGCCACUGGAAGCAGCUAACAGUGCGGACCACAAGAACCAAGCAGGCCAUGGCUAUGGUGUUCUUUAACCCACAGAAACUUGAGGAAAAAGAACUAAAUGUCCUGAAGAGCUCUAUGAAAGAGUAUUUCACAGAAGGUGACGGGAAAGAGAGUGGUGUAACCGCUCUGUACUUUGUGUCAGAGGGACAAAGGCAAUCCCCUAACCCGGAGGACUUGCCGUGUGAGCUGGUAGCUGGAGAGGAGUGUAUUCACGAGGAGCUUCUUGGCCUGAAGUUCAGGAUAUCCCCCCAUUCUUUCUUCCAGGUGAACACAGGGGCAGCAGAGGUGCUGUACUCAGCUGUAGGAGAAUGGGCCCAGCUGGACAAGGACAGCACUGUGCUGGACGUAUGCUGCGGGACAGGAACCAUUGGCAUCUCCCUGGCUAAGAGGGUGAGGAAGGUGAUUGGGAUAGAGAUGUGUCAGGAAGCAGUGAAGGAUGCCAAAGUCAACGCGAAGAUCAAUGGGCUGAGUAAUAUUGAGUUCCACUGCGGAAAGGCUGAAGAUGUGUUCCAGAUGGUGCUCAACGCUGUCGUAUCCCCCAGCAUCACAGCCAUCGUGGACCCACCGAGAGCGGGCUUACAUUCAAAGGUCAUUUUGGCAAUCAGAAGAGCGGAGCAUCUGAAAAGGCUGGUUUAUGUGGCAUGCAAUGCCAAGGCAGCCAUGAACAACUUCAUAGAUCUGUGCAGGGCUCCCUCCAACCGUGUACGUGGAGCUCCGUUCCGUCCGGUACGGGCAAUGGCUGUGGACCUCUUCCCCCAGACCAUGCACUGUGAGAUGCUGCUGCUCUUUGAGAGGGUGGAUUACAGCUCCAAGAGCAGCAGUGAGAAACCUGAAGAAAUGACCCAGGGCACUAGCGAGAAGCCAGAAGAGACAACCACCGCAACUUAAUAGCACAACCUUUGCAGUCUCACUAUCUGUUCAUUAAGUUCAAUUGUUUUCUACACGUUAAUAUGUAAUCAACGUUAUAUGGAUUCUGUAGUUCUUAUACUGUACCAUUAGGGGCAGGAUAACACUGCAAUUUUUUUUUUUUUAAUACUGCCUUGCUGUGUAAUAUUGUUUUACAACUUAAAAAUAAAAAGAUCCCUUGUUGAUGACUAAUACAAGCAGGGGUCAUUUCAAAGCA